CAGACCACGCCAGCAGCGGCAGCAGCGGCAGUAGGUCCGCAAAAGCCAAACGACGCAGAGAGUGCGUAUCGCGAGCCGCGAUCAUCAUCACGCUAGGAUCAUUUUAACGGAAGCCGUUGUGGGCCUGAGGUUGUCAAAAACGGUUGCUAGUGGUGUGGAAAACCGUGGAGAGUAUUUUUAGAAUAUUGGCACCCACCCCGGUCUACCGGUUUUUUGGCGUAGGCGACAGAUAGCGGAGCGGAACAGCGGAUUUGUCCCUCGACGACACUCGGGGUGGUCGUCCGGUACCAGCUGGGGUUAGUGAGAGUUCAUUGAAUUCGGACCAGUGAGUCUGUCGAAUGUGUUUGGAUUUUAACAACGACGUUGUGUGCGCCUUUCUGUUGCUACUAUUUCCAUGAAGCUGAAGGCGCAGGAUCACCACCGUAGCUGAAGCUGUGUUCGUAUCGUGUGAUCGUGUGAGGCGUUGCUCAUCUGCCUCAGCAGAACCUCCCCAAAAAAAAACGGGCCGGACAAAAUGCCGAUGAAAGAGUGGAUCUCGCAGCUGCAACCCGUGCAGCUGUACAUUGUGCUCGCCCUUUCGGUCGCCUACUGCGUGGUGCAGCUCUUCGUUAGCCAUAUCUCACACUCGCUGGUGCUGCUGGUCAACUCCUACCAUAUGAUGUGUAACAUCAUUGCUCUGACGGGCUGUAUUUUAACGAUAAAGAAGAGUGCCAAACCGAAGACUGAGGAGGACCUAAAACAAAUUGAGCACAGCGCUGAUAAAUUCGCGGAAGUUCCACUAGCCCUUGACGGACCGGUGGAAGUGGAUAGCGGCAAGCCCGACGCCAUCCCGCAACAGGAGCUAAGCGCCGUGGACAUUAAGCACAAUGUUAAGGUGAAAGCACGGCAGGCCCGGGAGAGUACCCUGAAGAAUACGUUCGGUUGGGCACGGAUCGACAUCCUGACCAUGCUGGUCGUGUGUAUCUUUAUGGCAUCAUUCUGUUUUUCGGCCGUUGUCGAAGCACUGCAAACGUUGUUCCACAUUUCGCACCAUGGCGAUGCGAUGCACUUUGCGGAGCAUGUGCUGGUGCUCGCUUCGCUGGGGUUGGUACUGAACGGGAUUUGCUAUCUACUGAUCGGGGGUUAUACGUACCAUCAGGGUAGCUUCCUGUACAUCACUUCCAGCGGGAACGUUAUACUGGACCACGUGAUAAGUGGUGAUGGUAUACGGAAAGGGGAUCGCCGUUUGUCCGGAUCACGCCGGAAUGCGUCUCCAUCGCAACUACGCAGCAAAUCGAAGCAUGAGAGUGUCCGCGAGCUAAUGCGAGACAUUUGCAGUACCAUCUUUGUCAUCAUCUGCUCCCUGAUCGUUUACUACACGACGGAGGAAACGGCCAAAUUUGUGGAUCCCGUUCUCUCGAUCCUGUCCUGCGUGGUGCUUAUUGCCUUGAGCUAUCCUUACAUGAAAGAAUCUGGCAUGAUCCUACUGCAAACGAUACCGAAUACGAUCGAUAUAGAGAUCUUUAAGCAGUCGCUACUGGAAGGCUUCAAGGAUAUCGACAGUGUGCAUGAUCUGCACAUUUGGCAACUGAGUGGCCACCAGUACGUGUCGACGGUGCACAUCAUCUUCGAUAGUCCCAAGGUGUACCACACGAUCCACGAGGCUGUGAUUGAGUUUUUUCACGAGCAGGGCAUUAACCAGGUAACGAUACAGCCGGAAUUUAAGAGUACGAGCGAAAGCCGUGCGCUUGGUGAUGGUACCGAGCGGUGCCUGAUCCAGUGCCGUACCCGUGCCCAGUGUGCCAGCCGUCGGUGCUGUGGUACGAACGAUCCACAAGAACCACUGUUAACGGGUGUGAUUGCACAGGAAAGUGCUGGAACGAGUGGUGAAGCGAUACAGUUGACUCCUGUGGAGCCAGCUGUAGUUGAGGCCUCCACUGAUAAAGUCGAAGUUCCAACGAAUGUAGAAGCUGCAAAGGACACAAUUACAGUACAAAUAGGGCCAGUAAAGACUGAUGACGAGCCACCGGGUGUGGCGGCACAAGCUUGCACAGACCAGGAACAAAAGAUGUGACGAGUUUCCGCCGAUUUUGGCGCUCAUGCGGCCAUUCAAUUUCGAUUUCUCCUCCCGAAGUACCAGAGGGUAUUGCCAUAUUGCUUAUACCGGUUGUGUUAUGUGUUAGAGAGCCCGCGUAAGACAACGACGUAUCUGCUGUCGGAUUAGCAUUUUAUUUGAAUUAAGUAUUAAAUAUUAAACAGUUGUAAAACGA